AUGGAUGGCAGUACCACGUACUGCUACUUGAUCUCGGAGAAAUACUCGGAGAAACAGCCUUCGGAGGGCAACGUGGUGGUGCAGGACUCAGGCAGCUCGUGCCCUGUCACAGUCCGGGUGGACAUUGCCAACAAACUGGAGAAGAACGCGCGCAUCCCACUCCGCUACACCGCUACGCUGGACACGUCAUCGGUUAAUCCAAAGUUUGCGUUCCCUGAACCAAUUGUGAAGGUGGCAGUGCCCGAUUACCUUCUCGCUGGCAAUGCUUCGGACGGGCUGACGAGCAGUUCCGACACGUUCGACAUCGCGGUCGCGAACGUGGUCAUGUGUGACUGGCGUUCGUGCGACCUCCUCAUGAAGAACAGCGCGAGCUCGACUCACUACUCGACGAAGAACAACCCGAACAAUUUUAACGACAACGUGGCUGUUUUCGGCUCCCAGGAGCUCGUGGUGCCCAAGGAUGGAAAGUACACAGGGUACGUUCACCUCGUGGUCAGCGUUGCUGGCGAGUCGCGCGCCGACUUUGUAACGUUCUUCCCGGUGCAAAUCGGUGACGUCGCUGGGACGACGCCUAGUAGUGUUGAUACCGACGGCACGACUACGUAUUGCUGGACAGCCAAGGAUGUGUCUGUGUUCGACCCGAGCGUCUCCGGUGACCUCACCAUCCGCACAGGGGAUUACUGUCCUGGUUCCAUGUCCAUGUCGCUCUCUUCUACAGAAGUACACGUCGGGGACACGAUUGAUAUCACUUGGAUGCUGGAUCUGGCGGAAUCUUCCACCGAUGACCCGACCCUUAUUGCCGAGGUCUCCACGACAGAUGCUAUCAGGAACCCGCGAACAGGCGUCUACUCCGUUGUGCCCGUGUCCGUCUUCGGUGGUUGCCAGCGGAGCUUGGCUGAUGCCAACUGCUCUACGUACGCGGGCGAAGAUUCGUCGACAUUUACUAUCGCCGAAUAUGGUGACAAGAAUCUCACGAGCGGUGCUGUCAGCUACUCGACGAAGUAUACAUUCAGCACCCCGGGCCAGUUCACAAUGUUUGGCCGCGUUGCCUUGGUGACUGUAGACGGCGAGCGCAUCGAUAUGGCCAUCUACUCGAGCGCGACCGUUUCUGUUGACGGUGGGAGCAGCGGGAGCCACUUGUUCCUCUACAUUGGUAUUGGCAUUGGUGCUGUCAUCCUGCUGGCUGGUCUGCUUUUCUGCUACAUGAAGAAACGCCGCGACGACGUGAAAAUGAAAAAGACCCCGUGCCGGCUGGGUGCGAGCGAGAUGAAUCAAGCGAGCGGUUGCACCUUGGCGUCUUCGAACUUCUUAUCACACAAGACACCCGGCCAGCGGCCACAGGGUCUGGACAUGAGUGGUUGCCCCAGCGUCAGAGACAGCAACACUACUCCAUCCUAUCUCGCGAUUAAUGCUGUAAACACCAGCAUGUUUGACAGGACGAUAGGCGCCGAGCCUGAUCAGAUGGCCGCUUCGAUUGGAAGUAAUGAGUCUUUCUCCUUGAAUCCGUACGACCGCGCCAGCUUUGCAGAUCUGGAUGACGACUUUGCAGGCUCGGAACCUUCCGAAAGUGGCAAAUGUUCAUUCCAGUCUGCCUUCGACAACGAGUCGGAGUGGGAAUAUGAUACUCAAGAGCCACUCGGUGUUGAUAAUGGCCCAGACUUUGGUGGUUUCGCGAUGGACCCCCCUGGCACUAGUCUGCCGACUUCCGGGGCUUACGAGGUGGGUCGGAGCAUGCCCAUCAUGGAAGACAGUGACCUGGAUCGCAACUUUGCCGACGAUCCUCAGCAGUUCUUUAAAUCGACCGGUGAUCUGUGUAGCACGACUAGUUCAGGUUGGACCGUGAAUUAA